CCCUUCAGCAAGGCGGGCGGAGCUGAAAACCGAACACAGGUCUUCCGAGCUCCUGGGGGCGGGGCAGACGGCAGCGGGCGGCGUCGCCGCAGCCCAAGCCUUCGUGGAGUUGUUUUUUCGGUUGCUGGUCGCUGCGGCCGAGAGGUGUGAGGUCGGGCUGGUGCGUGGGGAGCAAUGGCGACCUUUGUGAGCGAGCUGGAGGCGGCGAAGAAGAACUUGAGCGAGGCCCUGGGGGACAACGUGAAGCAAUACUGGGCUAACUUAAAGUUGUGGUUCAAGCAGAAGAUCAGCAAAGAAGAGUUUGACCUUGAAGCUCAUAGACUUCUCACACAGGAUAAUGUCCACUCUCACAACGAUUUCCUCCUGGCCAUUCUCACGCGGUGUCAGAUUUUGGUGUCUACACCAGAGGGUGCUGGAUCUUUACCCUGGACAGGGGGUUCUGCAGCCAAACCUGGAAAACCAAAGGGAAAGAAAAAGCUUUCUUCUGUUCGUCAGAAAUUUGAUCAUAGAUUCCAGCCUCAGAAUCCCCUCUCAGGAGCCCAGCAGUUUGUGGCAAAGGAUCCCCAGGAUGAUGAUGACUUGAAACUUUGUUCCCACACAAUGAUGCUUCCUACUCGGGGUCAGCUUGAAGGGAGAAUGAUAGUGACUGCCUACGAACACGGGCUGGACAACGUCACCGAGGAGGCUGUCUCAGCUGUGGUCUACGCGGUGGAGAAUCACCUUAAAGAUAUACUGACAUCAGUUGUGUCAAGAAGGAAAGCUUACCGAUUACGUGAUGGUCAUUUUAAAUAUGCCUUUGGUAGUAAUGUGACCCCACAGCCAUACCUGAAGAAUAGUGUAGUAGCUUACAACAGCUUAAUAGAAAGCCCUCCAGCCCUCUCCGCUCCUUGUGCUGGUCAGAACCCAGCGUCCCACCCGCCCCCCGACGAUGCUGAGCAGCAGGCUGCACUCCUGCUGGCGUGCUCGGGGGACACACUGCCCGCAUCUUUGCCUCCAGUGAACAUGUACGACCUUUUUGAAGCUUUGCAGGUACACAGGGAAGUCAUUCCUACCCAUACCGUAUAUGCUCUCAACAUUGAAAGGGUCAUUAUGAAACUCUGGCAUCCAAAUCAUGAAGAGCUGCAGCAAGACAAAGUCCAUCGCCAGCGCUUGGCAGCCAAGGAGGGACUUUUGUUCUGCUGAAUCAGGACCUGACGGUGUGGGACCCUCAGCAACCUCGUUGAUUAUUGGAUUGAAUGUUUUGGUGAUUCUCGUUUCAAGACUUAAGUGUAUAGUGUAAAUAUAAUCUUUCCUAUGGAAAUGAGACAGUACCUUUUGUGUUGCUACUGUGACGCCAUUAAUAUAAAUCUGAUUUUGAUAAUGACCCAUCUCUCUCUUGUGUAUGUGUGUGUGUUCCAGUUAUGGGAUUAGGCACUGAGAAAGUUCAGUGCCUGGAGUAGCGAUGUUUGGGCAUCUGAGCCCUAGUAUCCUGUGGUCUUCAUGUGGAGUGGGUGACAUUCUAGAACAAAGAAGCUGUUAUAACUUUGUCUCCACAAUCAGGAGGAUGUCUGUUUGUUCAGAGACAUCACAUAUUCUGUAUCUGGCAAGUCUAAAAUUUCUGCUUUUCUCCUGAACUGUUUUUUUUUUUAACUGACUUUGACAAAAUGUUAAAAAUUGGUUAUCUUUGUUAGUAAUCAGUUUAAUAUACUUUUUUGUGUGUGUGACGAGUUUGAACAGAUAUAGUUGCCUAUUACAGUUUCAUAGAAAAUAAGACUUAGAAAUGCUAUGCUGUUUGAUGAGAUAGUCUUUUCUUCAAAAACCAAAUCAGAAUAUUCUCUUAGGAUGUAAUUAACCGUAUAAAAUAUCUUCUCAUAAUUCCUUUCUUUUAGAGUUGUUAGGCCCAAAGACUUUGAUGGUAGGUUCAUCUGUUCAUUAUUCCUGUAAACUGUUCUAAGUUCAAGUAAACAUACUGGAUUUUUACUUGGUUAA